GCGACAUCGACGGAAUUCAGUGAUCAGGGUUUGAUCAUCGCUCGCACAUUGGCAGACAGCCGAUCUCGUGGCCCCGUAGUAUCUAACGACGCAGCGCAGUCCCUCUGGCUACCAUGACGCUCUACUACUCCAUCGUCUUCGGCCUUUUGGUCCUGGAGAUGUCCAUGUUCUUCGUCUUGAUCAUCCCGCUUCCCUUCACCUGGCGCAGAAAGCUCUUCCACUUCCUUGCGACCAACCCCAUCGUUGCGCAGAUCCAGUAUGCUCUCAAGAUCACCUUCAUAUUCGUUGGGGUCCUGUUCAUCGACGCAGUUCAGCGGAUGCUCAAGGCUGUCCAGGAAGACAAGGAGAAGCGCGAGGGCCGUAUCUCCGAAGCCCUCAUGGGCGGUGUCAACUACGCUGCGCGCAAAUUCUACGCUCAGAGGAACAUGUACCUCACAGGUUUCACACUCUUCUUGAGCUUGAUCCUCUCACGCACCUACUCGCUCAUCCUUGACCUCAUCAACGUGCAGGAGGAGCUGGUCGCGCUCAAAAAGGGGGGCGCAGCGUUGACGCCUUCAGGCGAGCAAAAGUACAAGACGGAGAUCGAGACGCUCAAAAAGCAGACUGCGCAGCAGCAAAAGGAGUACAAUCGCUUGUCGGACGAGUUGGCCAAGGCGACGGGUAACGUGAGCGACAAGAGAAAGGAUUGAGGGGAUGUAGGCGGAUAGUCGAAGUAGAGAUGGCGGAAGUCGCAGAAUUCAGAUGUAUGGAGUGGCAGCUGAGCG